ACCGUAGUACGGUCUCUCUAAAAUGUAAAUUUGCACGUGUGGUAUUAAGAGCAUAUUAAACUUUAAUAAUUAAAGGCAAUUCAAUUCACCAGUACUGCGACAAAGAGCUCAAUAAACGAUAAACGAUAUGGACCAACAAGACGAGUUAAGUAUGGAGCUGGUUGAAACUGCGGACGAGGAAAGUGAAAUGGAUUCGGAUACCGAAACCGCCGAACCUCAGAUGCCAAAAGAGGUAUAUUUACCCGGUAAUGUACUGGCCGAGGACGAGGAACUCGUCUGCGACGAGAGUGCAUACUUGAUGCUGCAUCAGGCUUCCACGGGAGCUCCGUGUCUAAGUUUCGAUGUCAUCCCCGACGAGUUGGGCACAGGGCGGCAGUCCUUCCCGUUAACAGCUUAUAUGGUGGCUGGCACUCAAGCUUCUCGUACCCACGUAAACAACAUUAUUGUAAUGAAGAUGAGCAACAUGCACAAGACGCAAAACGAUGACGACGACGACGACGACGAGGAGUUGGAGGACGAUCAGGACGAUGUGUCCGACCGCGAAGACCUUAAAAAACCGCAGAUGACCUGUGCCCUGAUCAAGCACCAAGGAUGCGUCAAUCGCGUUCGUGCCCGACGCAUAGGCAACACUGUGUACGCCGCCUCUUGGAGCGAGCUAGGCCGCGUGAACAUCUGGAACCUGACCCAACCUCUGCAGGCCGUGGAGGAUGGUCAGCUGCUCAAGCAGUACCAACAGAAUGAGGAACGCCCGGUGUUUACAUUCGGUGGCCACCAGCAGGAGGGUUUCGCGGUGGACUGGAGUCCCAGUGCGGACGGUGUGCUGGCCACAGGCGACUGUCGGCGGGACAUCCACGUGUGGAGUCCCCUGGAGGACGGCACCUGGAAGGUGGACCAACGCCCGCUGGCGGGUCACUCGCAGUCGGUUGAAGAUCUGCAAUGGAGCCCGAACGAGCGCAGCGUGCUCGCGUCUUGCUCGGUGGACAGGACUAUCCGCAUUUGGGACUGCCGAGCGGCGCCGCAGAAGGCCUGCAUGCUUACUUGCCGGGACGCCCAUGAGAGCGAUGUGAACGUAAUUUCGUGGAACCGCACUGAGCCUUUUAUCGCCAGUGGCGGUGAUGACGGCUGCCUGCAUAUUUGGGACCUUCGCCAGUUUCAAACCGAAAAGCCCAUUGCCACUUUUAAACACCACACGGACCACAUUACCACUGUAGAAUGGAGUCCCAGCGAGGCUACCGUCUUGGCCUCUGGCGGCGACGACGACCAAAUUGCCUUGUGGGACUUGGCUGUUGAGAAAGACACUGAUCAGGUGCAGGACCCGGCCAAGAACGAAAAUGAGCUUAGCAAGCUACCACCCCAGCUGCUUUUUAUUCACCAGGGCCAGAAGGAGAUUAAAGAGCUACACUGGCACGCUCAAAUGCCAGGAGUACUAAUCUCUACAGCCCACAGUGGCCUUAACAUUUUCCGCACCAUCAGUGUAUGACCCCGCAUUAUAAUAUGAGCUAAUAACUAUAAACUAAUAAAUUCGAUUUCGAAGAGAA